AGAUUGAAAUGCAGUUUCACGUGAACAAAACACACCGCUGACGCACAACUGAACAGCAGUAUAUAUAUAUACGACUAUCUUAGAACUCCCUGAACUACCGUGGUGGUCAUUUCUACACCAAUACACCGCGGCAACCGACGAGAUGUCCUCAGAGUUAUAUACGGACCUGCCGGUCCCAGUGCCUAAGCCUCGCAACCGGUACAAACGCUCUGGAAUCACCGUACAGACCUCCACUGACAGUGCCGUCCUGUCCCCAGAGAUGGACAAUUCUGCAUCCUCCCCUGGACGUCACAGCAACGCAGAUGCAGCUGUUAUCCUCCAGACAGCCAGGAGUUUUGUCUCCCCCACCUCGCCCACCUCCCCCGUCCCCCGCCUCAGUCUACGUCGCGUGGGGAGCUCCUCCGCCUCCCCGGCAGAGUCCUCCCCGCCCCCUAGCCCGGAGGCGGAGUUUGACCCCUAUGUGAGGGUAGUGCCUAACUGGGGCGACGGCUCCGGGUCCGGGUCCCUGUCGUCCGGGGGGGAGGAGGACUGCCCCCCAGCCCCCUCCACCCCCCCGCGGCCCCUGCCCCCCUGCCCCGGGGAGGGGAACACUGAGCUGAGGAACAGCAGCUCUGCCGCAGUCCAUGUUAGUCCUGUUCCCUAUAGACAAGCCCCGCCCCCUCCCCUGAUCCGGGCACAUUCCACAUCCAGACCCCUGAAACAGAAAGCCCCACGAGCUGCCACCAUCCGCGUCAGCCGCAAGAAGCAGCGGGGGGCCGGGGGGGCCGGGGGGCCGGCAGACCCCACGAGGAAGGAGAGCGUGGUGUCUCGCUCCAGCUGGCUGGACGUGUGGAAGGGUCGCAAGCACAACGUCGUGUGGGCCAGCCUGGACGGACAGCUGAUGUCUCUGUGGAAGAAACGCAAUGACAAGUUCUCGGAUGUGGUGUUCCAUGUGUCCAGCGUGACCACGGUGAAGAAGCAGGAGAAGAGGCGCUUCUCUGUGUACUUCAAGAAGAAGCACUUUGAGUUCAUGGCCCACAGUGACGUGGUGCAGGAAGGCUGGGUGGCGUCCCUGCUGGCGUCCCGGGGUCGCGACCCCCCCGCCCCCCCCGAGCAGCAGGGUCACCUGACCAUGAAGGACCCCCGGAGCCGCGUCUACGCUGCCGUGUACCAGCACCGCCUCUGGAUCUACAACAACAAGGAGGACUUCCAGCUGGGUGUAGGUAUGACCUAUGUCUCCAUGGAGGUGGCGUCAGUCAAACCAACGGGACGUCACAGCUUCAGUCUCAUCACCCCAUACAAGACCUUCAACUUCUCGGCGGACUCGUCCAGAGACCUGGCCGUGUGGGUGGACUGCCUGGGGCAGGUGAUCCGCAGUGCGCUCUCCUGCAGCCAGGUGGCGCUACAGCUCUGGGCCAGCCCCUGGAACAAAGUGUGUGCCGACUGUGGCAGUGCCAGCCCAGAGUGGGCCUCAGUCAACUUGCUGGCUGUCGUCUGUGAAGAGUGUGCCGGUCAACACAGGUCUCUGGGUAUCGGACUCUCCAAGGUGAGGAGUCUGAAGUUGGACAGCAAGGUUUGGACCGACCCUCUCAUACAGUUGUUUGUUCUCCACGGUAACCAGGCGAGCGGGGAUGUGUGGGGUCACAAUGUCCCGGCAGCAGAGCAGAUCCUGCCCGACUGCUCGGUACAGCAGAGGUCAGAGUUCAUCCAAGCCAAGUACCGCCGGGGGCGCUACCGACGCCUGCACUCGCUAGCCUCCAACCAAGCCCUCCUCUACAAGAGGCUGUGUGAGGUGGUGUGUGGUCCGAAUGUGGUGGAGACCCUCUCCCUGCUGUGCUCUGGGGCCCGGGUCCACACGGGCGCCGCCUCCGUCGCCUCCCCCCUGGCACGGGCUGAGAGGGCGGGGCAGGCCCUGCAGACUGAGCUGCUCCGACACAACGAGUACACAGAGUACCCAGCCUAUCAGCACGAGAAGCUCAGGAGUGACCCCGCCUCUGACCCCGCCUGUGACCCCGCCUCCACUCCAGGGGAGGAGGAGCUGCAUGGGAAGCUGGAGGAGGACCGGUUCUUGUUCUCCCAGGAGAACAACGAUGCAGCCUGCGACGUUCUGGACCUGAGAGAGGUCGUCUCUGUGUUUGACCGCUCUGCCGGGUCCAACCAUGAGUUUGAGAUUGUGACCCUGACGGACAAGCUGCUGUGCAGCGCAGACAUACGAGAGACACUCCUGGCUCACCUCACACACAUCCUCAAGGUGGUGCUCCCGGGCCCAGUGGAGGAGGCUGAUCUGGGGGGCCUGCAGGCCGUGGCCAGGGUCUCCCUCCGGGAGGGCGACCGCCAUCACGACGAGGUGUGGGCGGGGCUACAGAGGGGCGGGAUCAUCCUCUACUCCGCCGACGCCCAGAGACACCGAGAAAGACUGCCCCUCACCUCACACAUGCGCUACAAUAUGUCCUCUGAGACCACCAUAGAGCUGCAGAUGGAACUCAGGACCCUCUCUCUGCAGUUCGAGGGACAGCACAGCUGCCAGUCGUGGUUCGAGGGGCUGGCACAGGCGACCGUACCCAUGGAGGAGGGCAGGGAUGCGGCCCUGCUGCCCUCGGCCCCCCUGGGCAGGGUUCCCCCUGCGGUGGAUCGCUGUAUCUCACACAUCACCCUGCACGGUCUGAAGGUGGAGGGCGUGUACCGGCGCUGUGGCGUGGCCACUAAGGUGAGACAAUUGGUGGAGGCCCUGUGCGCCUCGCCGGGCUCCGCCCCCUUGGAGACAGACGAGCAGGGCGUGCUGGACGCGGCCGCCGCCCUCAAGAUGUACGUCCGCCAGCAGGAGGCGCUCAUCCCCCCCCAGCACGCACAGCUGUGGGUGGAGGCUGCAGCUGAGCCAGUGGAGGCUGUGAGGCUGGCCUCAUACAGGAAGCUCCUGAAGCAGCUUCCUACCGAUAAUAGAGCCACCCUCAACACGCUGUGCGGACACUUCUACGUAGUGCAGCUGUACAGUGGGGAUAACAAGAUGACAGCCCAGAACUUGGCUGUGGUGUUUGUUCCCACUCUGUUCCCCGACCAGCUGAGCCUGAACCCGGCCUCCAACUCCAACAUGGUCCGACUCUCCCGCGAGCUCAUCAUACACCACGCCCUGCUGUUCAUGAGUGUUCUGCUGGCUGGCCAGGAGUUAGACUGACCCUCGGGGGCAACCCCUAACCUGUAACCCCCGCAGGGCACCAAUGUGGAGGAGUGUGAAGAGCAGAUCACCGUUCUCUGACAUCUUCGUCACACCUCCACCCUCCUCUUCCUCAGCUCCACCACCGCACCUCUUCACUUAGCUAUGGUCUGGGGAAAAAAAUAACUCGCCAUUUUCAGCUCACGUUUAUUAUAACAUGUGUAUAGUGUAUGUAAUACAACAUAUUUGGCUUUUUUUUAAACUUUAUUAUACAAACUUGCUUGGAUCUAUACAAAUGUCUUCCUAAUCAUGUGUUGUGUUAAAAAAAUUAAAGCCAAAUAAAUCAGA